AUGCAUCGGUCAUCCCAUUCAAGCUCACACCACUCGGGUUCCAGCUCGAGUGGCGGCUCACACCACUACAACUAUGGCCACCAGACUGAGUACCAUUCCUCACACUCUCAAAGGCGCGACAAAUACAGUAUCACAAGCGGUCUAAGCGAACAAAUCCGGGAUAUACGAGGAUAUGUCGUCGAUGCUCAUCUAGACCAGUAUCCAAGGAGCAUGGUUCAGGAGCCAAUGUUGACUUCGGCGUCACUCGGCAUCCGUGUUGAACCGCUCUAUCCAGACACCCAGCAUGAACUUGAACGGGAGUUGACCCCUCGUUUUCGCCUUCGUGAGGAAGUGAUUUAUGCGAAUGACAUCUUUGAGGUUGUCACUAAACCAAAGCUCGUCCGUGCCGACCGGCACGAAACUUUUAUCUAUAAAAUCCGUCACAAGCAUGAUAAGGAUUUGGUAUCUGAGGAGAUUCUCGAGGAGCAUUUGAUUCGGAUACCUCGUCGAAGGUUUGAAACCGGUGCUAUUGUGCGACUCGAGAGGGACGGAAAGCAAUAUGAGGUUCUACACGCAGAAUUCCUACCCCAGGAAUUUGUAUGGGAUUAUAAGAUCAAGAGAUUCAGCUCUUCGGGAGGUGGUGAUAUCAAGAGAAACGCUUUUGAAGGGAGAUUAUCAAGGGUUGACUCCAGUGAUUCUUCUCGUUCAAAUUCGUCCUACUUGACACCGCCAUCUUCACGAUCCUCCCCACCAAAAGUCUCUCCGAAGGGUAGUUUUAGCUCACUCUUCGAAUCACUGAUGAGGCACUAA